UCAUGUCCAUCACCCACUUUUCUAGUCAUCAUCACAGUCAUGAGGUAGGUGUGAAUAUCAUCCUGAAGGCUGCGAAAUGAAUCUGUGCUGUCUGUCCAAACCGCAGGUGCAUCAAUAUGCAGGUGUGGUUUAAAGAACAGACUUUAAGGUUUUAGUGAAUUUCAUUAACACGUUUACGAUCGUUCAACGCAUCGAUAUCCCCAUCUCGUGUUCCUCUAUUCUUGUUUCGCUCAUUCGCACAGAGGUCCUUUGUCAAUGCGUCUUUCAAUUUCUGUAGCUUUUCCCCAGAGGAGUUAUUUUGCUGGAGGAUCGCGCAUUGAAAUUGUUGGGAUCUUUCCUUGUUUGGAGAUGACAGGUCAUUUUAAGGCAAGCGGGAAACCAGAGUGAGUUGCCAUGGCGGCAGGAGUGGCUGCAUGGCUUCCCUUCGCCCGGGCAGCAGCUAUUGGCUGGAUGCCUGUGGCCAACUGCCCCAUGCCUAUCGCUCCUAGAGACCACACAAAGAGACAUGAUGAGCUGAUCAUCCUGAAUGUGAGUGGACGACGCUUCCAGACCUGGAGGACCACACUGGACCGCUACCCAGACACCCUGCUGGGAAGCUCAGAGAAACAGUUUUUUUACGAUGAGGAGACCAAAGAGUAUUUUUUUGACCGGGACCCAGACUCCUUCCGUAGCAUUCUCAACUUCUAUCGGACGGGCAAGUUGCACUAUCCACGCUAUGAGUGCAUCUCGGCCUACGACGAAGAGCUAACCUUCUUCGGCAUCAUCCCGGAGAUCAUCGGUGACUGCUGCUAUGAAGAGUACAAGGAUCGGAAGCGGGAGAAUGCUGAACGUCUCCAGGACGACCAGGAUGACAACAAGGACUGCAAGCUGCCCAACAUGACAUACAGAGAGACCAUGUGGAGGGCCUUUGAGAACCCUCACACCUCCACCAUGGCCCUGGUGUUCUACUAUGUCACCGGCUUCUUCAUCGCCAUCUCAGUCCUCACCAACGUGAUAGAGACGGUUCCGUGCGGUGCCACGCCUUCCCAGAAGGACAUGCCAUGUGGCGAGCGCUACACCGUAGCCUUCUUCUGCAUGGACACGGCCUGCGUCCUCAUCUUCACCAUAGAGUACCUCAUGAGACUGUUUGCCGCGCCCAGCCGUUACCAAUUCAUGCGCAGUGUGAUGAGCAUCAUCGACGUGGUGGCCAUCUUUCCCUACUACAUCGGCCUGGUGAUGACAGACAACGAGGAUGUGAGCGGAGCCUUCGUCACGCUCCGUGUGUUCCGUGUGUUCCGCAUCUUCAAGUUCUCCCGCCACUCGCAGGGCCUCAGGAUCCUGGGGUACACGCUGAAGAGCUGCGCCUCGGAGCUGGGCUUCCUCCUCUUCUCCCUCACUAUGGCCAUCAUCAUCUUCGCCACCGUCAUGUUUUACGCAGAGAAAGGGUCGUCGUCGACCAAGUUCACCAGCAUCCCAGCCUCCUUCUGGUACACCAUUGUCACAAUGACCACGUUGGGUUACGGGGACAUGGUGCCCAAGACGAUCGCAGGGAAGAUCUUUGGUUCUAUCUGUUCUCUGAGCGGGGUGCUGGUAAUCGCCCUGCCCGUUCCCGUCAUCGUGUCCAACUUUAGCCGCAUCUAUCACCAGAACCAGAGAGCUGACAAACGGCGUGCUCAGAAAGUACAGAAAGCCAGACUGGCCAGGAUAAGAAUAGCCCAGGCGGGCAGCUCCUGCACGGGAUUCCUUCAGAGCAAACGCAACGACCUCCUCAACGACCUGCUGGAGCUCACGCAACAACCUUACAAGCAAAACAAUAUCCACGAGGGCUCAGACGAUGAGGAACUGCUGCUCAGCAAGAGCAUGUCAUUAUUAGAGAGUCAACACCACCAUCUAUUGCACUGUCUGGAGAAGACCACUGCCCAUGAGUUUAUGGAUGAGCAGCUGUAUGAACAGAACUGUCUGGAGACCACGGUCCAGAGCUACACCUCCCGUAGCCCCUCCCUCUCCAGCCAGGACAGGCCCAUAGGCACCUGCUGUACCCGCCGGGUGAAGAGGAGCUCCCCCCUGCCCAACUCCAGCAUGCCCCUCCAGCCCAGCCAUCAGCAUGGGCCGCUACAGGAGCUCAGCGCCCUCCGCAUCCAGUGCGGGGACAAGCUACCCUCCACCACCAGUCGCUCUAGUCUCAACAUGAAGACAGACGAGGUGGGUCUGUUCAACUGCAAGGGCGGUCAGAUCACCACGGCAAUCAUCAGCAUCCCCACGCCCCACUCUGCCACCCCGGACGGGGACGGUCUUCACGGACCCCCCCAGCGCAGACCCCCCCCUCCCCCCACCGGCCCAGAGGCCGCCAGUAUUAACACCACAGCCAGCUCCACUGUCUUCAAAGUGUCCGCUCUGUGACUGUGUGACUGACCCACUCGACAGACUGACUGAGCAGGAGGAGAGGUGAAGAGAGGCUUUUACUAGAACUCUACCUUGAAGGACCCCUGUCGCCCAUUUCAGACAUAGAGAAAUGGGAGAGAACUCCCCGUGUACCAAGGAGUAUACAGCCUUUUAGGCAGCAAGGGGAUAGGCUAUACUGAGUGAAAUGCUGCACGGCAGCUGAUGGUAGAGUAGGCUACGAUAUGCGCAUUUUCCUAAAACGGGCCAGUAUGUGUGCAUUUUGGGAUUAUGACAGGACAAAGGAAGUCACUGUGUCUUUGUGUACUUCGCACAUACAUAUUAUUGUUUUGAUCUGCCUACAGCUAAACCCUGACUGUCUGAAAGAUGAGGAUGAAGACACCUAUCAAUGUUUUAACUUUAGGUUGUUAGGUCUUCUUUAUGUUUUGUGUUGUCUUAUCUAUUUUCCGUGUGUGUGUGUGUGUGUGUGUGUGUGUGUGUGAGAUACUUUUAUGAAAUGUUCAUAUUUUAGUGGGUUAUAACCUUACAUUUCCAUCUAUCCACAAUGUCCUUAAAAUCUAAACAACAUAAAUGCCUACCAGUACUCUGACAAAUGUUCCAUCAGACACGCUACAGUAUUGCUGCUUUCCCAAAUCUGUCUCUCUCUCUCUCGCUAUCUCUCUGUCUCUCUCUCUCGCUAUCUCUCUCUCUCUGCCUCUCUCUC